GCAAAACCCUUCCCGCCUCUCGUCUCCUUCACUUCAAUCUCUAAAACCCUUCUUCUCAAAGAGAGAGAGAGAGAGACGAAAAUAAAAAAUAAAUCCAGAAAAAUGAAAAAAAUGAUAGCCCUUGGAUUCGAGGGGUCGGCCAACAAGAUCGGGGUGGGCGUGGUGACCCUAGAUGGCAAUAUCCUGUCCAAUCCGCGCCAUACAUACAUCACACCACCGGGCCACGGCUUCCUCCCACGCGAGACGGCUCACCACCAUCUCAACCAUAUCCUCCCCCUCAUCAAAUCCGCCCUCGAAACCGCCCAAAUUACGCCCGAUGCCAUCGACUGCCUCUGCUACACCAAGGGCCCUGGCAUGGGCGCCCCACUCCAGGUCGCCGCCGUCGCCGUCCGCGUCCUCUCCCAGCUUUGGAACAAGCCUAUCGUGGCCGUCAAUCACUGCGUCGCCCACAUCGAGAUGGGCCGGGUCGUGACUGGGGCCGACGAUCCCGUCGUGCUGUACGUGAGCGGCGGCAACACUCAGGUCAUUGCAUACAGUGAGGGGCGGUACCGGAUCUUCGGGGAGACGAUCGAUAUUGCUGUUGGGAAUUGCUUGGAUCGGUUUGCAAGGGUCCUGACGUUGUCAAAUGACCCGAGCCCUGGGUACAACAUCGAGCAGCUUGCAAAGAAAGGAGAGCAAUUUCUAGAUCUUCCUUAUGUCGUCAAAGGAAUGGAUGUUUCUUUUAGUGGGAUCCUGAGCUACAUCGAAGCUACUGCUGUUGAGAAGCUCAAGAACAACGAGUGCACCCCUGCAGAUUUGUGCUACUCCUUGCAGGAAACGGUUUUUGCAAUGCUCGUUGAAAUCACAGAGCGUGCAAUGGCACAUUGCGACAAGAAAGAUGUUCUCAUUGUUGGUGGUGUUGGAUGCAAUGAGCGGUUGCAAGAUAUGAUGAGGAUAAUGUGCUCAGAGAGGGGUGGCCGGUUGUUUGCGACGGACGAUAGGUACUGCAUCGACAAUGGAGCGAUGAUAGCAUAUACUGGCCUUCUUGCCUAUGCCCAGGGCGUGACGACCCCACUAGAGGAAGCAACAUUCACCCAGAGGUUCCGAACUGACGAAGUUGAAGCAAUUUGGAGAGCAAAGAACACACCAAAUACUGAUGGGAUUUGUGGUGGUGUUCGAAAUGAUGGGAUUUGUGAUGAGCUUUAAGGAACUCAUGAUGCUGCCUGCUCGAGAGCUCAAACCCAAGGGAGAUGUAUCAUGCAUGGGGCUUUCCUUUGUUUCUGUGAGUUGUUUGGCUUGAUUUAUGAUUCCACUAUAGCAUUAUAAAAUGUAAACUAAUCGAAGCACAACUAGUAUCAAGUUGGCCACGGAUGGCCUCAAUUGGGUGGCUAGAAUUAACUUAAAUGUAUAAUUGGAUAGUCUUGCCUUCAAAAAAAGAAAAAAGAAAAAAGAAGAAAGUCUCCAUUCUUAUCUCUCUCGUUAUCUACUUUUGAGAAUGUAAUAUUUCUCAUAAAUCAAGAGUAGAUCCAGUGGAUUUCAAUUA